AUGGACCAAGUAUCUGAGAUGGAAGGUAGCCGAUUGAAGGUUGUUAUUGUUGGUUGUGGCCUCGGAGGCCUCGCCUGUGCGAUACAAUGCCGCGAAGAAGGACUACACGUCUUGGUUUUAGAAAAGACAGCCGAGUUGAGUGAGAUUGGCGCUGGAAUACAGGUUCCUCCCAACGCAGGUCGCAUGAUCGACUCCUUCGGUUUGACGGAGAAGAUGUUCGAAGCCGGGAUGGUGGCGAAGACGAAUGAGUUCUUUCUGAGGUGGCAGGACGGGAGCGUGAUCGGAAAGAGACCUGGAUCGGCGUGGGCGAGGGAGAAAUGGGGAUAUGGGUCUUGUACGAUCCAUCGAGCGGAUUACCAACGAGUCGUCUUCGAAGAAGCACGCCGCCUAGGCGCCUCGAUCCGCUUCGACGCCGACGUCGUCCAGACCGACUGCAGAGCCAUCAAACCCACAGUAACACUCGCAACCGGCGAGAAAGUCUCCGCCGACAUCCUCGUAGGCGCCGACGGCCUACGCUCUUCCGUCCGCCACGGCGUGCUCGGAUUCAUCAAAGAGCCCCAGGAGUCCAACGACCUCGCAUACCGGAUUACGAUCCCUCGCGAGGCGUUGGAGGGCGAAGAGGAUGAGAUGAUCCGGAGGAUUCUGGAUGAGGCGGUGAAUUGUUUGUGGUUUGGGGGCGAUGUUCAUGUUGUGCUGUAUGGGAUUCGUGGGGGGAGGGAGAUUAAUCUUGUGCUUAUAUGUCCGGAUGAUCUUCCGCAUGAGGUUUCGAAGCAGCCUGGGGAUUUGGCUCAGAUGCAUAAGUUGUUUGAGAGUUGGGAUCCGACGCUCAAGAUCCUGUUGAGCAAAGUCAACAAAGCCUUGAAGUGGAAGAUUUGGGGCAUGGAGGAGCUCGACACCUGGGUAAAGGGCUCCGUUGCACUGCUAGGAGACGCCUGCCAUCCCAGCGUCCCAUAUCUGGCACAGGGCGCCGCACAAGCUGUGGAGGAUGCUGUGGUGUUGGGGAGACUGCUGGGCCUGUUCUCUCGCUCUGGUCAACCAAAAUCGUCUCUACCUGAACUGUUGAAACUGUACCAGCAUAUCCGAAAGGAAAGAGCAAUGCCCAUCGUCAGAGCCGCCGACAGCAUGCGAGACAUGUAUCACGCCCCUGACGGCCCUAAGCAGGAAGAAAGGGAUCGUUUGCUCCGCGAGCACGACUGGUGGGAUGAGGAUCGAUCGUUCCCAUGGGCGUUGGCUGAUUUGAAGACGUUGCAUGGGAUAUAUGGCUACGAUGCGGUGAAAGGCGCUGACGAGGGAUUUGAUAAGAGUCAGUUUGGUAAAGCCCAAGGUCGGCUAUGA